AUGGGAUUUAAAAAUGUAAACAAUUUAGAAGAUGAUGAUGAUGAAAAUUAUGUUGGAGAAGAUUCAAAUAUAUUAAAUAUUUUAGAUAGAAUUGAUACAAAUAUAUCACUUGCCAAAAAUAAUAUAAUUCAACCAUUGAAAACCUCAAAAGGAGAUAACAAAGUUGAAAAACCAACAGACGACGGCUCAAAUGAAGAAAUAAAGGUGCCUUCUUCAGUUUAUAAAAAACCAGACGAACCUCCUCUUACUACAAUUAGUUCAAUGUAUUCAACAAACACAACUUCAAAACCUAUUCCACCCAAUAAUAAUAAUAAUAAUAAUAAUAAUAAUAGUAAAAUUACAAAACUAAUUUCAAAUAAAAAAACAGAGACUUCAACCACUAAAACUGAAACUUCAAAUACAAAUAUAAAUCCAAACUCACCUCCCUCUGUUCAUGGAACAAAAUUAAUAGAUUUAGAUUAA